AUGGGGUCAUCACAUUCAAUUCGUUCAACUCACUUCCAACGUCCAACCAAGGAUGCCAACGUAGAGAGUAUUGCAGAGGAAGAAUUUGAUGACCAGCGCAGUAUCAGCAUCACCAACAAAAUGGUUGAAAGACUUGUGGAAGAUGCUACACUAGCAGGAGGCGCAGCUCCGGCUGCUCUACCACCCAAACCAAAAGUAGAGUACAGAGACAAGAUAUACUCGGAGAAACUGAAGUGCAUGGACGAUAACCAUUCCGAGAGAUGCAGAAUAACAAUGGAUGAUCUAAAUGCGAUGGCCAAUCGAAUAGAAUUACGAACGUCGAACAUGGUGAGCGUGGAACCGGUGUGCGUCGACUUUAAGAAGAAGAUUAUAGAAUGUUAUAAUGAAAACGAACCUGUAUCUGAAACUGUCAAAUGUUGGGAUGCUGUGGGUGACUUCACAAAGUGCGUGUCGGAGGCGGCGGGCACGCGGCUGCGCGCGCGCACGCAGCGCGAGGCGCGGGAGCACGCGCGCCGCACGCGCCACGUGGCGCACGCCCGCGAGCACGCGCUCAAGGACCUCGGCCCGACCUCAGUGCUGGACUAA